AUGGUGGCCUCUGAAUUCCCUAGAAGAAUUUACACCAAAGGGUUUGAGCCAGCCCCGGAUAAAAGCAUCGGCUAUUAUGCUGAUGAUUAUAGGUUGGUCCCUGCACUAAAGUCAGCUCUACAAGAGGAUGAAUGGGAAGAGAUUUACGAGUCACCGUUGGGUGUCUUUUUAAAGUUCCACGACUUGGAUUUUGGUUGGGCUUCUAGGCUGGUGCACCCCAUGCUGACCUUUCAGAUAGUUUGCAAGCAGAGGUACAAGAUAUGGAGCCUGAUUGGUACCACUCCAGUUCGGUUUUCAUUGCAUGAGUUUGAGGAGAUCACCGGACUCAACUGCGGGUACGUGGAUGACUUGGCUUUAACUGAUCUUGCGCUUGUCGAUGACAUGCGUGCAUUUUGGGAGCUAAUGGGGGUCGAUGCCGAGUCGGGCCCAAGCACUACCGAAAUUAUCGAAGCCUGUUCCAACUGCUCAUCAUGGUCUCGGGAUGAUAGGCUGCGGUUGGGUUAUCUUGGGAUCUAUGCUGGUUUCAUAGUGGCAACGAGACCUGGCUCAUCCACAAAUGUCAACCAUGCCAGACUAGUGAUGGAUCUCGAAAGUUUUAAGGAGUUUCCAUGGGGAAGAAUUGCUUUUCAGCAUUUGAUCAAGUCUGUUAAGGAGAAAGAUCUCAGCAAAAACAUUCAUAUAGAAGGAUUUGUGCAAGCUCUUCAAGUGUGGGUGUACUAUGCUCUACCGGAUUUUGCUGCUGAAUUUGGCGAACCAUUGCCAAAUGUUACUGAAGAACCUCUUUUGCUGGCUUACAAAGGAUCAAGAGGACGAAAGAACGUCAAAACCAACAUGCUAAAACAGGCUCGCAUACAGUCCUGCGUGGCUAAGGACUUGGCGGAUAUGUUUCCCAUGUGGGAUGAUGACGAACAGGAUCCAGAUAUUGUCAAGAUUGUCAAUGCACUCCAUGACCCCAAUUUCAAAUUCUCAAAAAACCAUUGGCCUUUGGAAGGUGUUUUGGGUGCACACACCGGAAAGAGGAGCCUUCCCUCAGAUGAAUCAAGUCGCAAGAGACCCUGCACAGCCUUUGCCUCUGCCGCAUCAUUCGUUGGUGAUGAAGGGGUCGGAGUUGUCGCUACUAUGAAAGCGCACUUCGACCAAUGCUUCCAAAGCUUUUCAACCAAGAUGCUGAAUGGUCUUGGUAGCUGUGAAAAGCAGAUCAAACGUCUCACCGAGAAGGUUGAAUCUGUAGAGCGUGCGGUAGAAGAGUUGACUACAGGGUCUACGACUGAAAUCUUUGACUGA